AUGGUUGCACUCAAGUCAGCCCCAAAAACAAGAGACAUGAAGAAGCCCCACAGAGACAGUUCUGAAACUAUUGCUCUUUGUGAAAUCUGCAAGUUCCAGAAGAAUAAUGAGCUGCUCAUCAGACAACUUCCAUUCCAGAGACUUGAGGCAGCUGAACCGUACCUUUUAGGAUUGUUUGAGGAUACUAAUCUCUGUGCAAUCCAUGCCAAAUGUGUUACUAUUAUGCCUACCGAUAUUGUUCAGCUUGCCACGGAUUCUGAUAUUGUUCAGCUUGCCACAUCAGAAUCCGUGGCGAAAGGACGUAAAAUUAACCAGCUGAUCAUCGUUGGCGAUUGCAAACUUGGGUUUUCGCUUUAG